AUGUAUAUGAGUGGCGUUUAUUUUUGUACAUGCCGAACCAAAUAAGCAAAAUAUCAAAGAGUAACAGUGACCUUUUUAAGGUCUUGAUCUAGCUGAGGAUCCGCCAUCUUGGAAAUUAAUUUACUUUAGUUACCAGUCUUUCGGUUUCUCCUCUUGAAAAAUGGCGCUCUGUUUUAAAUUGAUAGUGAAAUGUAAGGUGUUUUCUUUUAGAAAUUAUGGUUGUAUUGCUCGUCAUAUCACUUCGGCAUCUGACAGAAGUGUUUUAGAAAGAUCAACAUUGUUUAUAUUCAAUCAAAAAGUGCAGAACUUUGGUCGUUUAAACAUUUUUUGUGAUAAUAUUGGCGUUCGAGUUUCUUCAACUAGCUUGUGGCAAGAAAAUCAUGCCACCACAGCCAGGGCAUUUCUGGCCGCAAAAUGUGACGACGAGGUUGCUGUUUCAAAGGAAUUAGAAAAUAUUAAAAAGUAUUUUGACUGGCAGGUGAUUCAUACGGAACAAGGAUUAUCGGAAAUCACGAUUAAAAAUUGCCGAAGCAAAGAAACAUUGCUUCGGAAAAAUGUUGCAUUGGUGAUCGAGGUGCCUCACUCCUACAACAUAUUCUUGAAAAAUGCCUCCAAAAUUCCUGUUGUUGUCGAGAAACUUGAGAACAAUAAGGUAGAAAUCCUGUCACUAGGUGAUUGUAUUCUCUCUCAACUCAAGAGUCACUCAGUCAAAGUUAACUCUGAAUCAGGUAAUAUAGUUAGUAGAUCGUCACUGAUCGGUGAUCUCGAGUUGAAAACAUGUGGAAACGGUUUUAUAAACUUGAGAAAGAUUCAGGGAAAUAAAUUUGAGAUGAGCACCGAGCAUGGCAGAGUUGGUGUCUCCAGUUUAUAUGGAACUCACGUAACGAUUUCCACAUCACGUGGUCAUGUUGAUAUUGGCGAUGCUCAUGGUGAGAUUGAAGUAAAAAGUCAAUCUGGAGAUAUAUGUUGUAAAUCACUCUCUGGACAUUUGACUGCCACGACCGAAGAUGGGAACAUUAAUACUAAAUUGACCUCAAAUGCCAGCAUAGAUGCACUCAGCUUAAUAGGAAAUGCAACAAUUAAACUAGAUCCCAAUUUGGCCUGCGAAUUUCGUCUUUCAUCGAAGAAAUUGCAUAUUUCAAAUGAUCUACACUUGUUUAAAUCAUCUAAAGAAGCGAAGGAUGAUGAAAACAUUUUUAUCGGGCGAACCCAUGAUAGAACAUGCGAGCAUCGUGUCAAUGUAAGGUGUCCCAAAGGAAAAAUUGAUGCAUUUCAAGAGAAUUGGUUCAAUUGGCAGGAAUUGUGAAGAGUGAGUUUUUGAUUGGCUGUAGUAUUUUCUAUAUUUUAUAAUUGGAUCAGACUGGUGGUAAUUCUUUGCUCUGUGAUUAUAUGAAAUUGAUCCCGAAUCCAGUAAUUGUUGACAUGUCAUCUACUGUUGAUUUAGAUUUUUCCGCAGAAAUGAGAUUGAAAUUGUUAUAAAAUAUCAAUAACUGUUAAUAAAUAAAAUGAAAUUUACCCAGUA